AUGGCAGCUACAAUUACAACUGUCAGCCAGAUGCCAUUUAGAGGGGAUCGCGCAGCCCCUACAUUUGAUCCAGAGCGUCUGUGCACGCUUCUGCGAUUCUUUGACGAUUUGGAAAUCUUAUUUGCCCGUUGCAAUAUCACGGACGAAACAGAAAGGAAACACUGGGUUUGCCGAUACCUCACUAUCGACGUAGCAGACCUUGUCGAAAGCCUGGAAGAAUAUUCAGAUGUCCAGCACACGUUCCAAGAUCUCAAAGUAGCAGUACAGCGACUGUACCCUGGCACAGAUAUGGAGCGCAACAUUGCGGAACUUGGAGCCUACCAUCGUGAAUUCUUGGCAAUUACUACGUUCCUCAUAGGCAAACAUCGCAUUUUGGAGUCUGAGCGCAACCGGGCAUUUGCGCGAGGAUUCCCACCAGACCUAUGGAGCCGGAUAUCACAGCGACUUCAGCUAAAGCAGCCGGACCACUAUCCCGAUGAUUCAUACGAUGUCAACGAGAUCUACGAAGCGGCAAAGUUUGUGCUUCAUGGAACUUCACCCUCACCAGCAGUCGCCGGUAGCAGCAAAGUGAAGUCAGAGUCAGGACCUGCGAUUAAGACAGAGGACAUCUCGCUACUCAUUGAGAGCCUAGUCAAGUCUGUGCAAACGUUGACAGCAGUGGCGACCGGAGUUGUGCCAAAGGGGAAUGGCAUACAAGCUAGCACAACACCAAAGCCAACUACGAGUAGUGGAGGCAACGGCAUGGGCUAUUGUCACUAUUGCGGCGAAGCAGGGGGCAUGAUAGGCACCUGCAAGCACGUAGAGGAGGACAUAAAGUCCAGCAAGUGUAUGAGAAACUCUGCCGGAAAGGUGGUCUUGCCGAACGGAUCCUUCAUCCCACGUAACAUUCCGGGUAUAACCAUUCGUGACUGA